UAAUCAAGCUUUAUUAACAGAUAUGGCAAGCACCAAGAAGGGGAGCAAACUGACCAAAUUAGUGAAGGCACCCAUUAGAGUUCUAAUCAAGCUCAGGGACUUGUACGUCAACAGCCUAAUCGAAUGCUCGGACAGGAUUAGUCAUGACACGAUCAUGGGGUGCCCGACUGCCCAAGCCAUGAAUACUUUACCCAGGAGUUUCAGCGUCAGCUCCACCAAAUCAAGCAGCAGUAGAAAAGAUGAUGAUUUUAAGGAGCUUAUUAGGGCUGCUUCUACAAGGAGUUUAGGAGACAAGGUUGAAUUGGAUCUUCUAAGAAGACAGCAGACUAGUACAAUAAUAAGAAAGCAACCUAACAUGAUCAACAAUAACAUGCCAAGGAGUCGCAGUGUCUUUGUUGCAAGGAUUGACGAGGACAAGUCCAUGGACUUUGGAGAUGAUGAACAUGUCAAGGUUAACACAGGUGUGUUCCAAAGAAGCAGGAGCUCUGCUGUUUCCAGGAAAAUUGGAGUACUGCCUUGAUUGAUAUAUGAACCUUAAUUAAUUUGGUUGUCUUUUUGUUUGUCAAACUUAAUAUGGCAGGUAGGUUUGGUUUUAAUUUUCACAAAACUUUGGUUGAUCAAGUUCUUUUUAUUAUAAACUUCGAAGA